GCCGUCUUGUCGCGCCAUGGCGGUGAUCUCCCUUCGCAGUGAUCUCCAGAGAGAUAUCUUCACCCCUCAAAAGGAGAGGCUCCUAGCUGUGUCCUCUGUCUGGAAAGCAAGCAAAAAGAAAAAGGAAGCCAUUCUUUGCGCUGCAGUGAGCUUGGAUUCUUGGGGGACGGUGUCCCUGGCGACAGUGAAGGGACUGAGGGGAAAUUACAAGCUAUCCUCACGCUGGUCAGCAAGUGAACUCUCCCUCGUCGAUGGGAAAGACGCGGUCAAGGAAACAGCUGAGUUCCACCUGCACCUGGACAAGGUUUACCAGUGGGAGACCAGCAGCCCCUUGGAGAAGAGAGCCUUUGUCGCAUGUCUGUGGAAGAUCAACCAGCGCUACCUGCAGGAGAGGGUCAAGUUUGUCAACAUCUCUCCAGACAUCUUAGAUGAGGUGUUGCCAUGGCAGCAUUGCAGGGUGUCAGAGGAGCAGGAGGAGGAGGAGGAGGAAGGCUUUCAAGAACUGACGGCACGAGAGGCAGCCAGCGUGCAGCAGCUCAUGGAGGAGAGCGAGCUGGCCAUGUCUGACGCCGAGGCCUUCUCACAGGCCCUGCAUACCAGCCUGGCCAACAUGGACCAGGAGAACGUGCAGGCCAUGAUGGCUUCAGAGUCACAGGCAGGGCAGCUCCUGUGCCUGGUGGACGAGGCCCUGGAGGAGCUAGGGCACAUAGAGGAGGCCUUGUCCCAACAUGACCGCCAGCUCCGGAGCGUCCAGAGGCAGAUGGAGAACCUCUACACGUACGGCGCUUUGCUGCAACAUGUGGACCACAACCGCAGACAGCUGCGCACUGAGCUGUGCCACCUGGUGGAUGGACUGACUCUGAGUGAGGAUCACUUGCGCGUUCUCACCGAGGGGGACCUGGAGGAUAAGGAACAAGUUAAGGCCUGUGCCAGAGCAGUCACAGCACUGUCCCAAUGCAGCAAGACUCCUCUUACAGCAGGACAACGCAGGCUGCAGGGCGUCGCAGAGCAGCUAAUCAGGUUUGAGAGCGUGCGUCAGAUCUUUGAGCAGCGCCUGACCCAGCAGAUAAACAACGCCGUGAUGCAGCAGUGUUCGCAGGGCCUGGUGAAGGAACCCCAAAAGGAGGGUGAGACAUUGCUGAAAACUGCCAAGUUUCACAAGCAGCUGUUGGAGUACACGCCCCUCAUGAGCUGGCUGAGAGAAAGCAGCCCCCAGGUCUUCCAGCAACUCAUCCAGGUGUAUGCAGAGAACAUUGGCAAGCUGUUUGACAAACAAAUGAAGGACUUCUUUGAUGCUGCAAGACUACAGCUGCUAGGUUCCAAGGAAACAAAGAAAGCCGGGACAGUCCCCUGCAUGGUCCGUGAUUCCAGUGGUGGAUUUGUGCCCUUACGGUCUGACAGGAGAGCCAGCAGGGUACUGCAGCAGGUUCUGAUCCAGCUGGAGUCGGUGUGUGUGGCGGAGCAGGAGUUCCUCACGGCGUUCUUCAGCCUGGACAGCGGCCCGAAGAUCGAGUUUCCAGCCGGCAGGAGGGGCAGUGCCAUCGACCAGGCUCAGAUCUGCGCCGAGCUGAGGCAGAAGAGGAGGCCUCACAGUUGGGGCAGAUUUUCGGUCGGCGCCGGACCCCCGGAGCCCUGGUUCGAGGGGCGGGACUGCGUGCGGGCGGUGCUGGGACCCGCGGAGACCCGCCUGUGGUCCCUGCUCAGCCACUGUGAGGAAGAGGAGCCGCUGAGCUUCCUGAGCGUGCUGAAGAUCGCCCAGCAGUGCCUGACCCGCCAGAGGCACAACCCCGCCGCGUCCUUCUGCUGCUCCCUGCUGCAGUGCGCCAUCCAGCACAGCCAGCGGAGCCUGUGCAAGUACACUGAGUCUCUGUGCAGGGAGAUGGAGAGCAUGCGGGGGCUAAAGAAGGCUCGGGCGGGGAUCCUGCCCUUUGUGCCCAGGCUGGAGGAGUUUGUGACAGAGGGGCAGACAGUGCUGGGCGGCUCAGAGCAACGCUGGGGUUUGGAUAAAGCUUACGCCCAGCUCUUUACCACGGCCUUUCAGACCCUGGACAGCCUGCCAGGGCAGAGCAGUCGCUGCAGCCCCCUGGUGGUGAAGCUGCCGAACUUCCACCGGCUGGCAGGGUUCCUGGGGCGCGUGGGGCUGCCGCAGCUCGCGCCGUUGAGGGAAGAGGUGAAGGAGAGAAUGGCCCUGCUGGUGCGGGAAUACGUCCGCUCCCACCUGGGCCAACCCCUCGGGCGCCUGAGCGACUUCCUGGACGGGGUGCGGGGCUGCCUGGCUCACGGUGUGCGGGAGGAGGAGGUGUGCUUCCAGCUGGCUUACAGCAAACAGGAGCUGCGCAGGCUGACAGCGCAGCAGUCUGGCCAGGAGGUGCAGCGCACCCUGGAGGUGCUGCACAAGAAGAUGGGGCGAGAACUGAGCGAGGACCCCGCCCUGCUGCAGGUGGUGUGGAGAGAUAUGCAGCAGGACUUUGUGGCUCAGUGUCGCGGGUUCGAGAGCAUCGUUGGCCGGUGCUACCCUGGAGCUGGAGUCUCGCUGGAAUUCGGCGAGCAAGACGUGCAGCAGUUCUUCCGCGCUAUCAGCGAGAACGCCAAAAGGGGAACCUGAAAGGAAGAGAAGCGGCACUGGAGUCACGUUUCCAGAGAAACUCUCAAUUCAACAUCUCAGAUACAGUAUGACAGUACUAUGCCUGACACCACUGAUUCCCACAUUUUAGCUUUUUUUAAAUUUUUUUUUAUACAUUGACCACUGAUAGGCAUAGAGAUCUUGAUGCACCAUUUAAAUGUUUAUAUUUCAACAAAAUAAAAUGUAUAUUUGAUGGGUGUUGUAGAAAUAAACCUGUGUACAAUUACCAA